AUGCUAGUCAAUUUUGAUGACAACGUGGAACAACAACAUCCGCAACAAUGCAUUCCGGCACCAACUUCGUCAGUUGUUCCAGCACCAACUUCUUUAGUUGUUCCAGCACCAGUUGUUCCACCAAUUGGAGCCCAGUCUGCAAAUUAUGAUCCUGUGUUAUUUUUUGAUGCUGUAAGAGAACCAAAGUGGCAAAAAGCCAUGGAUGAGGAAAUCAAAUCUAUUGAGAAGAACAAUACUUGGGAGUUGACAGAGCUUCCACAAGGGCACAAGACGAUUGGUGUCAAAUGGGUCUUUAAGACAAAGUUGAAUGAGAAGGGUGAGAUUCAUAAGCACAAAGCACGCUUGGUGGCGAAAGGUUACAAGCAAGAGUACGGCGUUGACUACACAGAAGUCUUUGCACCAGUGGCAAGGCAUGACACAAUCCGAUUGGUGAUUUCAAUGGCAGCACAGAACUCUUAUCCUAUCUUCCAGCUGGAUGUGAAGUCUGCGUUUUUACAUGGUGAGUUGCAAGAACAGGUUUAUGUUAAGCAGCCAGCAGGCUAUGUUCAGCUAGGGAAGGAAAAACAAGUUUACAGGCUUAAAAAAGCUUUAUAUGGGCUAAAGCAAGCUCCCAGAGCCUGGUACAGCCGCAUAGAGGCAUAUUUUGCAAGAGAAGGAUUUCAAAAAGGCUUAAUUAUGUACAUGCCCCCUGUGCUUUCCAACUUAUCUCAGAUUACCACCUGUGGUGGAAAACGUCUCAAAGUACCCCCCAACAACAGCAGCUCCUCCCAUUUGUUACUGUUCAUCGCACCAGUUUUUGGGCUGCCAUCGCCUCCUCCGGCCACCCCAAGCGACGACAUGGAUAUCAAAAGAACCAGCACGUUGUCCUCUACCACCCUCACAUCUCAGCCGCUGCCAACCGUCGUCUGGAUCACCGAAAAAAGCAAGAAAUUGGCCGGUUUUUACCCAAAAUCUCCAUUGCUCGUUCAGGCGAUUCCGAGCACCAUUUUCUUCGAUCCAGUUAAUGAUGUGGCCAUGUUUAAUGAUUUUAAGAAAUCCAUGAUGCAUGAGUUUGAUAUGUCUGAUCUUGGAUUGAUGCACUAUUUUCUUGGUCUAGAAGUAGUACAAUCUAGUGCCGGAAUAUUUAUUUCACAGAAGAAAUAUGUUCAAGAGAUCUUAGACAGGUUUGAGAUGAAGGAUUGCAAUUCAGUUUCUACGCCAACUGAAAUUGGCUUGAAACUAGUGAAUAAUUCUGGGGAGAAGAAGGUUGAUCAAACUCUCUACAAACAGAUUGUAGGAAGUCUGAUGUAUCUGACAGCAACUAGACCAGACAUACAACACGCAGUGAGUCUCAUUAGCAGAUAUAUGGAGUGUCCGGAAGUGCCUCAUUUGGCUGCAACAAAAAGAAUUUUUCGUUACCUAAAGGGCACAAUUGAUUUUGGAAUAUUAUACAAGAAAGAAGCUAAAUCAGGUUCGUUUGGCUUCAUUGAUAGUGACUAUGCAGGAGACCCAGAUGAUAGGAGAAGCACCUCAGGUUAUGCAUUUAUAAUGGGAGCAGGAGCUAUUUGA